CGUCUCGCAAAGGCCUGUAACCUCACGGGUUGUUGAGACUCAUCAUGGUGGUUGCCCUCGGAAAAGUGCCUGUAGGCCGCAUCGGCUUCGGCCUGAUGAACCUCACCUGGGUCGCUCCUUCUGCACUUCGUGGGUGUCCAGUCGUCCGCUCCACUCCUCAGGGCUUUCUGACACUAUUUCAGCCUCCGAUGAACAAGCCUUUGACGUCAUGAAGACCGCUGUAGAUAGCGGCUGCUGCUUCUGGGAUGGUGGCGCCUUUUACGGUCCUCCAAGCGACCCGACAGCCAACUUAACCUUGAUUCGUCGGUUCUUCCAGCGCUUCCCCGGAUACAAGUCCAAGGUCUUUCUCUGCGUCAAGGGAGGUUCAAACAUGGCUCGCUAUCAAGAGGAAGGCUAUCGUGGUCUGGGUCCAGAUAUGAGCGAGAACAAUCUUCGGAACGACCUCGCCGCUAUUCGACAAGCUCUGGGCAGCGAUCAGGACGGACACGAAGUUGACAUGUAUGCCGUAGCGAGAGUGGAUCACAAGUACACCAUCAAAGAGUGGAUGUCGACGCUGGUUAAGCUUCAAAAGGAAGGCCUUUUCACACACAUUUGCCUUUCCGAGGUGAGCUCAGAGACGGUUCGAGUAGCCGCUGGCAUCGCCCCCAUCGCUGCCGUCGAGGUCGAGUAUUCGCUUUGGGAGACUAGCGUCGAGAGCAAUGGCGUGCUUGCAGCUUGCCAAGAGUUGAGAAUCCCUCUGAUCGCCUACAGCCCCAUCGGCAAGGGCAUCCUCGGCGGCAGGCUCAGCAGUAGGGAGCAGCUCGUAGCGGGAGACAAUCGCCUUUUCCACGAGCGCUACAGCGAGGAAAACUUUGCAGCAAACCUGGAGCUGGCGAGGAGCCUCGCCGCAAAGGCUGAGCAGAUGAAGUGCACGCCGGCCCAGCUUUGCCUGGCUUGGGUCCUGCGCCAGGAUCCACAGCUCGUGAUUGCGCUGCCUGGCACGACAAAGGUGGACAACAUCAAGCAAAAUGCCUCUGCGAUGUCAUUUGAGCUCUCUGACCAGGAAGACAGGGAUAUAAGGAGCCUCGUCAGUAGGAUGGGUGUCUCUGGCGGCCGAUACAAUUCUGCCAUUCGUGACAGAGGUAUCCUGUGGGGUUAGUCUCGCCCAUGAUCCGACCAACUGUGUACCGUACUACUCUACUUGCUCCACAAACAAGGCCAUUAUUGAGCUGCG